AUGGUCUUCAGCGAUUUUGAUGUUGGUGAUAAAGAGUCCUUGGAUGAAGGAGUGCGGGUGGAUGUUGUCUUCCUGGACUUCAAGAAGGCCUUUGACAAGGUUUCCCACUACGUUCUCUUAAAAAAACUUGGAACAUCCCUGCUACACCCCCGGUACCCAGCUGUGCACAGGGGUGCAUUAACACCUUGCUCCCCCUUGCUCCCUGUCUUUUCCGAAGCACUAGGUUGUAAAGAAAUGGAAGUGGCUGUGGUUACAAAGGAAAACGUGUGGUUAGUGCCAGAAAAUCAAUCGCUAGUUUGGGAAGAAAUCACCUGGAGUAUGAGACCCAGCUCUGGAGUGCAGUAUCGGAUUGUGACACUUGCUAAGAGGGACGGUCAUGUGGAGCUCAACACAGACUCCCCACUAGGUAGGAGAGUCACCUUCCACCCUGGGAACCUCUCGCUGCAGAUUGAGCUGGUUAACAAGUCGGACAGCGGUGUCUAUUCCAUACAUGUGACAUCUCCAUCCGGCAUUACCGAUAACACCUGCUUCCGUGUGUCUGUGUUUGACCGAGUCCAGCAGCCCAACCUCACAGUACUCUCUGCUCACGCAGAGCUCAGACAGUGCAACGUGACCCUGUCGUGCCAGGUGCAGGAUGCUGACACAGUCGCUUACAGCUGGUCCCGAGGUGCAUCCUGGAGCCCAGCCACAGGGGACCAGCAGCUCCCAGGGAAUCAAUCCCAGCUGCAGCUGAAGAUCACUGAGGGCAGCAGUGACACCUUCUAUCACUGCAACGCCAGCAAUGCAGCCAGCUGGGGCACGGCCACCAUCGAUGUCAAAAGAGCAUGCCACUUCCCAGCCACAGAUAUUUUUCAAUCGCUGUUUUAUUGGAUUAUCGGCGCUAUAGCAUGUGGCCUGGUGUUCCUGGCCAUUGGUGUCAUCAUCCUGUGUAGAUGUUGCAAAAAACAAGCUUCCAGCCGGCCAGGAGAGCGUCCCAUCACCAUCUAUGAUGAAGUGGAUGAGACUUGCUUCUGCAGAAAUUUGGAUGGGAAUGCACAGGGCAGCAUGAUUGGAAACACCAUCUAUUCAGAGGUCCUUGCCAAGGGACAGAAGCCAAACACCCGGGCUCCUAGAGAAAUAGGCUGCACCCUGUACAGCACCAUCCAGCCCCAUGCACAGCCAGACUCUGUCAAGAAGAGGAAACUCAACCCAGCCUUGACCUCGACCAUCUAUAUGGAGGUCAAUGAACCCUUCGGCAGACCCUUGCACACUCCCAGCUCAGCUCUCCUUCCACCAAAGCGAUGCCUCCCUAUCCCAAGUGCUGGUGGCCUGCGUGCACCACAACAUUACAAUCUUUAACUGCUUUGGAUUUUGGAGCCAGCUCCAAGCAGAGUAGAAGGUGCUCAUCUGCUCAGAUCACCACCUGAGACAUGGCUCCGACUUUGACCCAAGUUCUUCCAAUGUGUAAAACUCCCCAGACAUGGAAGCCUUCCAGUCCAGCAGUCAGAAGUGCAAUACCUCCAUCACAGGUCUUCUUGCCAUUUGGGGGGCAUGCCAAACGUUGGUGAAACAAAUGCAUGGAGAGAGUUGGAAGAGAACAUCCAAUACUUUCACCAGAACAGGGUUACGUCAGGGGGUGUGCAAAGGUUUGGGAGGGAAGGAUGGUGUUAAAAAAGCAACCUUCCUUGAGUCAAUGCUCCUUUGCAGAUGCCUAAAGUAGGGGCAGGUUCUUUGCAUAAAGCAAUGGCGGCUGCUUUUUCCUUGCCUUCACUGAUUUUCGUAUAGUUUGUAAGGUAGUGAAGCAGGACCAAUGCAGAGGCUGCAUCCUCUCAGUCCUCGUACAUCUCAGGAGCAGCUCCCCUGAAGGCAACUAGGCAAGCAACUCUGUCCCACAUCUCAGCUGUGGG